CCGUAUGGCCGUUACCAUGGUAGCCAGAGUCGCUAGUGGCGGCUCUGGUCGCGGAGGUCUGCGAGUGUUUGUGCGGGGUCCAGGCACGGUGCCGCUGCGGAGCCGUGUUUACGGUCUCCGGAGCCCAGCCGAUCUCUGUGGCUGGGGGUAGCCAGCCGGGGUCUUACUUUAGGAGCCCUCCCAUGGCUUCCCAGGAAAGGGUGGAGACGGUGACCAAAGGAACAGAGUUCUGGCGCUGCCCCAGGUCGGCCACUUACACCCCCGGGACCUGCGAGCUGCUCAGAGUGAUGAUGAAGGAAUCCAAACUGACUAACUUCCAACAGCGCCACAUCAUGGACACCGUGAAAAGAGGAGACACUCUGCCCCUACAGUGCAGCCCAACAUCCAGCCAGAGGGUCUUGCCUUCCAAACAGCCAGCCUCAGCCAUCUACCUGCCUCCCAUCCUGGCGGCCCGGCCCCACCUCCGGCCUGCCAGCUUGUGCCAAGCCAACGGGGCCUACAGCCGGGAACCAUUCAAGCCUCAAGCCACCCGAGAUCUGGACAAAGAGAAGCGAAGACUCCAAAAUAUUUUUGCCACUGGGAAGGACUCAGAGGAAUGGAAAAGAAAGCCCCCUCCCGUGCGACAGGAGGACUCAGCCCCUGAGCUGGACCGCUUUGAAGAAUUGGUAAAGGAAAUCCAGGAGAGGAAAGAAUUCCUGGCUGGCAUGGAGGCUCUGGGACAAGGCAGACAGUACCGAGGGAUCAUCCUCACUGAGAUCUCCCAGAAACUACGGGAAAUGGAAGACAUUGACCACAAAAGGAGUGAGGACCUUAGGAAGGCUCUUGUCACCCCUUGACCUGUCUCCAGAGACAGGGGCAGGGUAGCCCAUCCUGGACCACUGGAGCCUACCCCCUGGCCAAGCAGAGCCAUCACCCCCCACCCAAGUCAGCCCACCUACCCUGGCCUUCAGUCACAUCAGAUGGCUAUGCAGCCCUGCCUUGGCCUAGGGGACCCUGGACACACACGGCACUCUGGAAAAUGGACCAACCUCAGGGAAUGGGCUCGUUCUCCUCAAGACUCUGCCCAGGGGGCCUAGGUCAGCUGGGCUGCUGACCACAGUCACAGACACACACACAUAUGCACACACACACACACAACUUUGAGUCUUUUCUCGGGGAAAGAGCCCAUACACAGUGAAGGCAAGGCCCGUUCUCACCACCUUGGGCGUGUGUCCGAGGGCAUCCAACAGGCUUCUUCCUCCCCCUCCCCCAAGGCUCACUGUGAGUCCUCCACAUCCAGUUUUCAGACCUGCGGAA